AUGAUCGCUAAAUUUUAUUGUCUCCUUCUUCUUAUUACCUUUAUUAUAUCUUCAGUUUCAUCACGAACUAUACAAGACACAACAACAACUGUAUCUGAAGUAAUUCAUUUGACUAUUCAUGAAAAUAGUUAUUCAGCUGAAGAUAAAUAUAAAUUAAUUAAUGAAUGUGUACAAAAAUGUAUGGAAAAUAAUCCAAAACAACCACAACAAGGAAAAGCGAAUGUUUUCAGUACUGGCAGAGAUAAUUGUAUUCAACUUCAAUGUCGCUUCUAUCAACGACGUCGUUAA